UAAGAGAGAGCAGCAGAGAGAAAGAACGAGAACCGUGCUGUGGAAAAGCAGGUGUGAUUCAUGAAUAAACUAUAGUUUGCAACCCUAUGGGAUACUGAUGAAACAAAUAGAAUUUUCACAGACAUGGAUAGUACAAGAACACAAGACACCUUUUCACAGUUAAGCCAGGAAAAAAUCCUCAAAAUUAUGAAUAUGGUGAAAAAUAAAGAAGUGAGCAUUGAAGGAGCUUUGCAUUUGGCACAGAAAGAGGUGUAUGCUGGAAAGGAUUCACAGGAUUUGCUAACUGGCUCACAAUUUAACUUCAUUAUCUACAAAUACAAACACUAUCGGUGGCAGAAAAGAAUUUUGCAGAUUGAUUUCAACACAAAGACCAUUUUUAACAUUGAAAAAGGAAUUAUUAAGAAACAGUUCCCUUUCUCACAAGUCAAAGCCUGUGAAGAUACUGAAAGGAGGCGCUUCAGCAUUGUGUUUCAUGGGCGGCAAGAUUAUGAGCUGGAAGCAGUGUCUCUUGAUGAUAAAAAGAAGAUAACAUACCUUCUGAGCAGAGUUAUACAAAGCAAUUCAUGCAAGAGACCAGCAGACUCCUGCUCUGGAAGACCUGCAGAAUGUGAUGUGAUACACGAAGGACUGCUGGAUUUGCAGCAAAAGACUUUUAUAUCUACUGAAUGGGUGAAGUACUUGGUACAACUACGUGAAGGAGAAUUGACUUUAUAUUGCAUAGGUCUGGGAGGACAGAACAAGACUGCAGGCCCUAUAACAAAUACAAUUAAUUUGUCAGGUGGUAAUGUGAGUGUCAGCAAGGAGAAUGGAUGCAGUACCUUUUCAGUCCAGACCAGAGAACACAAUUAUUUGUUUCGAAUACCCUUUACCAUCCAAAAUAAUAGGACAGAGGAUGUUAUCAAGCUCCAGAAUGAAUGGGUGUCUCUCAUAGAAAAGUACUGUUCACUGUGCAAGGGCACCUCACUGCCUCAGGAGGGAUCUCAAGGAUGCAUCUCCUCUGAAGCGGAUUAUGAGGAUUUUACUGUACCUUUGAAUGAACAGAAAGAGGAGGCCCUCCACUUUGGUGUGAGUUCUGCAACAACCAGUCUGAACAAGUCUUCAAGCUCCCAGAUGAAGCCUGCAGAGGGGGAAUCAACCCCUGCAUUACCAUUCCUUCCACUUCCCACAAAUAAGGCAGAGGUACCACCAGCCCCACCUGCAUUCCCGCAGCCCUGCAGUGUCUCUCCAUCAACAAAGAGAACAAAAGCCUUUCACUGGGAUGUUGUUCCUUGUGAUAAGAUUCAUAAAUCUGUCUGGGGAUCAUGUGACCCAUGCAAGAGAAAGAUAGACGUAUUCAGACUCUGUGAUCAGUUCCAGAUCCAGGACAUGGCAGUAUUUUCAGGCAAUGAGCCUUCAACGAAUCAACACAUCAUGUUAGAUCGAAAAGUUGCACAUAACUUCAACAUUUUUCUUAAAAGUUUCCGUAUAAAACCAAGUGAACUGAAAGAAAAACUAUACAUUAUACAUGAAGAGAGUGGUGGACUUACAGAUGAGCAGAUUACAGCACUAAGAAGAUACAUGCCAACACCAAAAGAUGCAGAAAGGUACCAGACAUUCAAGGGGUCUCCUUCAGAGCUGCAUGUUGUUGAUCAGUUUAUGCUAGAGAUGUGUAAAAUCCCCCACUUAGGCCAGAGGUUGGAUCUCCUGCUUACCAUACGUGAGCUCCCUGUGAGCAUGAGAGACUUGGAGCCUCUAAUAAACCAGAAAAUCCAAGCUAGUAAGCAGCUGCAAUCCAGCCAGAAAUUUGUCGCUGUCUUGGAAUACAUUCUAUCCAUUGGGAACCAUUUAAAUGAAAGGGCUGGAAAAGAGAAGGCUAAAGGAUUUCGAUUGUCGUCUUUGACCAAAUUACCUCUGUUGCGGGGUAAAGAGAGGACAUUCACCUUGCUUCAUGCCCUUGUGGAACAGAUCUUCUUACAUGAGCCUGAUCUGGCCAAAUUUUCUCAGGAGUUGACAGAAUUUGAAGCUGUUCCUGAUGCUUCCAUGAAGGGCCUCAGUGCUGAAGUUGAUGUUUUAAAAAAAGAAUUGGAAAACGUUAUUCAGUGCAGGCGGCUUAUUAAACCCAAGACAACCAAGGCAACACCCCAGGAGUCACAGUUCUGCAAGGAACUAAAGGAUUUAAUUCAGAAAUAUGAAGGGGAUCUAUCCCAGCUGUCAAAAAGAUGUGAUGAAAUGAAGAAGCUUUAUAGCAACAUACUGGUAAAAUUUGGGGAGCCACAAGACCUAGACUCUCAGGAACUAUUUGGAUGGAUAUCUUCAUUCAUUAGUGAGUUUAGGAAGGCCUGUGCUGAAGUCGUGCCAUAAGGACAACACAAGUCUUAUAAAGAGAUUGUUUUGCGAGGGACCUCCAGACAGGUGCUCCUGGGCAUUGGCAUAAAUCUUUCAAUCUGCAGAUCCAAUUUCUACAAAAGGGACAAAGACUUUGCUGAGUUCUGCAGACCUAAUGCUUCACCUCCACUUUUCCACAUCAACUGAAAAACAGUCCCAGCUCACAUUUGCCUGCAGAAAGCCUUAGUGUUCACUAGAGUGGGGUUUGGUGCUUUUUAUUCCUCCUCUUGGUUUCCCAUUGCUUCUUUAAUUUCUUUUGUCUGUUAGUGUCCAGAUUUAUGGCCGGCAUUUGUCGGUGCAUGGAGCUGAGAUGCUGUGUGAGCUGUCUGUAUCCCACACCUCCUCUUCUACAGAAUGGGAGGCAGCGAGAUGUGCUGGCAUUCACAGCUCCAAAACAGAUCAGCACCUUUCCCAGCUGGGUUUGAAAGGUAGAAAAGCUGCACGCAGACAGGGAUGCCUCUGGGCAAGAAGUGAAUGAAAGCUGCUGGUGGUUAAUAGUUGACAUGGGACAUACUUGUGGCAAAGUUGUUACAGGCACACAGAAAAAUGUUGUAUUGAAAGGUAUCUAUCUAAAAAUCACAUGCUCAAUUUCUUAAAAGCUAUUGGCACUUUGUUGUUGGCUUGGACGGAAACCUGUUUAGCCAAUUCUGCUUCUGGGAGCUCUGCAUCAUUUCUGCCAGUACCUGAAGAUGGUUUAGGUUUCACCAUGAGACUAUUUCAAAUGGGACCAGGCGAUGCAGGAAAGAUCUCCUCUGGAAGCCGUCAGCAGCACCAAACCAGUCAUGUUUUUAAUAAUCUUGAAAUACACGGGAAUACUAAGCUGAGGUACCUGCUCAGCCUUCCAAUCCUUUCAGCACACAUGAAAAAAAGAAACUAAUACUAGACAGAGGUGUCUAAUCAAACCAUUACCAGAAGCUGCCAUUUGGCAGCAUUGCGAGGUGGUACCUGGUAACAUUAAUCCUCAACGAGCAGUCAGUACAGUCCUACCAGUGAUUCGAGUGUCCGAGUGAUGGGCUUUGAGGAGGGCUGCUUCCCUCCUGGCUGCCUAACGGGGAACCGACGGCGGCGUGCGCAGGGCCGGGGGGUCAUGCCCAAAUGUGAGCUGCAAACACAAGCACAGGAGGUCUGUGCCCUGGGAGACUUCUCCAGGUUUAGAUGCUGCCUCUCAACCAGGCUGCAGUUCCUUCUCCCUCCUCCUUUUGAAACUAGGGGAUGUUGUAAUGUUUUGUUGCUUUCUCUUUGGCUUUGCAGCUGCUUAAAAAGUUGCCUGGGAAUACAAGCAUGUGUGUCUGCGUAGGGGGCAAUUCCAAGAGGAGGGUCUCCAGUAAGGAAGCUUCGUAUCUGCCUAGUUAGGUGAGAGCUGGGCAGGUUUGUUAUGACAUAACUCUUUGGGGGGGUUGUGGCAGAGGCGGGGUGGGGUGGGGGUUGUGAGAGAGAGAGAAGUGGCGUCUGCAGCACCCCGGUAGUGAGAUCAGACACAGGAUCUGGCAGCUUUGGGGUAAGCUACCACCCCUCCACUCCACCACUCAGAGCACCUUGGAUCUCCAGCUCGCAGGGGAGAGAAAACCAGCAGCGGCAAUCAUGGCAACAUCAAAUGGUUUUAUUUCUUCAUGACCUCUCUCUUCUCCUCUCUCUCAUCAAUAAUUCACCUGAGGGUUUUUUUUUUUUUUUCCCCACUCACCCCCCCUCCUUCUCCCUCUCUUUUUUGAUGUGAAGAGAGGAGAGAAAAGGGGGCACCGGAAAGUGUUUAUUUUGUUCGGCAGCUUUUUGCAGCGUGUUUUAAAGAGCUUGCGAAAGGACCCGGGUAAAGAAAAA